AUGGCGGUCGUCCCGCCGAGCGAGAAGGAAGUGUACGAGCUCAUCAGCACCGUGGGAACCAACAUAGACAGACUGCGACAAGGCAUCAAUGCGCUCCGGCAGCUGCACGACCGCUGGACUGGUUGUAAUGAAACCGCCAUCAACCUCAUAGCACAGCUCACGGCGCUGCGCUCGAAUCUGGACAAUGUGCACGACUGGCUCAACUAUGCGAUCAACGAUUUGCAUCCCCAGCUUCUCUCCGACUUGGAUGUUGUCAUGGCGUCCUGCGCAUUACUUGUGCGACAUGUAGACCAACUAGUAGCAGAUCUGCGGCAACCAGACCCAGGUGCAACAGACUGUGCAGUUAAGCUGAAGUAUGCCGUGGGCGGCCGAUCAAUGGAGCGGCUCCGGGACGUCGCUGAGCGACAGUCAGAGUCAGUGCGCAUACUGCUAGCAGCAUGCAAAUGCCAUACCACUGCCCAACGCAAGAUCCUGCUUCACAAAAGCCGCCAAAUCAGGCAGGAGGAUAACCUGUCUAUGAAAGUACUAGCGCGGUCAUCCAAGUGGAAAGGAGGAUGCAUGACUGUCCUUACCGGUGUGUCUCGGGGCAUACAAGGAUGCAAACUAUCUUACUACAGGAAGUUCAAACGGAAGGAUACCUACGAGGAGCCAACCGAGAAGGACUAUGACAACGCCGCGGCUGCCAUCAGAUCCUCAGCCAUUGACCGUGCGCUACAGGAAGAUAGUAUGACACUUCGACGAGAGACCAAGCUCAUGUUGAUGGGCCAGGAUCACAGCGGCAAGGACCUCGUCAUGCAUCAGAUCAAAGUUCUAUACGCCGAAGGCUAUUAUACACCAGAAGACCGCAUGCGGUAUCGAGACGCCGUUCGCUCGACAAUGCGACUGGUCAUUCACUCCAUGAUCGAUCUGCUGAAAGACACCUGUAUCACUCUGCCAACAGCCUUGAACAACGACUUCGCCGUCUUACUGGACGAGGUGGAAAUGGUUGACAUGCACUACAUCACGGGCGAAGCUGCGGCUGCAGUUCGAAACUUAUGGUUCAGCACUGAGUUCUCAUCGAUAUAUCUCAAAAACUUCGAGAUCGAUUUUCCGCAGUAUGCACCGUAUUUUGCGCAAGAGGCACAGAGGAUAGGUUCAGAAGAGUACAUCCCUGCGGAAGCUGACAUCAUCCGCCUAAACCAGUCAAUAGGAGGGAUCAAAGAGCUCCGCUUUAAUUGGGACGAGCUUGACGUCCACUUGUUCAACAUCAACGGAUACAUUCCCGACCAGUUCCGCAAGCGCUGGUUCCACCAAUUCGACAGCCUUACGUCGCUCGUCUAUACCGUCGACAUCUCGCUGUAUGAUCGUCCAUUUUACGGCCAAACAACGAAGUCCCAACUCCUGGAAGACAUUGCCAGCUUCGAAUCAUGGGCCAACUCCCAAAACUUCGCCGACUCGUCCGUCAUCCUGCUGCUCAACAACUUCACCCGCUUCCGUGACAAACUGCGCUACUCGCCGCUCGAGUCCCUGUUCCCGGACUACGUGCCCAACGCUGCCGACCCGGAUACCUCGGCGCGCCAGUUCAUCCUGAAGCAGUUCAAGGACGUCAACCGCAACCAGCUCUCCAUCUACUCCUUCUGGGUCGACCUCGAUAUGAGCGAUAACCAGCAUCUUUACGCUGCGCUCAAGAAGACGCUGCAGCACAUCCAGCAGCGCAAGGCGCGGAGCGAGGUGUGGCAAGAAAGCGAGUCGAGUAUCAGCUCCGGCACGGGCCUAACGGGAAGGCUGGCUAGCAGUCGGCUGAAUCUGCGAUCGAGGAGCGGGUCUAGGCUGGAGGCGUUGUUGUCGAAGAAAUCGAUAGACAGCCAGUUUUCGUGA